UUCAAAUUUAAGUAGUAAUUAAGUAACUUAGCUGUAACUGAAAAGCUGACUGGCGGGAAACUAUUUACUUUCCACCGCGGUUUCGUAGUGCUAGAUUGAUAUUAGACGUGAAGUGUCAGAGGCUUAAUUUAUUAUAAAUAUAUCUUUUUAAUUAAUUAAUUUAUUUUUCAUUAAAAAUGUUUGAAGCAAGAUUAGUCCAAGGAGCAUUGUUAAAAAAGGUGUUAGAAGCUAUUAAAGAUUUGAUUAACGAAGCAACAUGGGAUUGCUCAGCUACGGGUAUUAGCUUGCAAGCUAUGGACAAUUCUCAUGUAAGUUUAGUGUCUUUGAUUCUGAGAAGUGAUGGAUUUGAUAAAUUCCGAUGUGACAGAAAUCUCUCCAUGGGCAUGAAUCUUGGAAGUAUGGGAAAGAUUUUGAGAUGUGCAGCAAAUGAUGAUGUAAUUACCAUCAAAGCUCAAGAUGAUGCUGAUACUGUUACUUUUGUGUUUGAGGCUCCCAAUCAGGAAAAAGUGUCAGAUUAUGAAAUGAAAUUGAUGAACUUAGAUACCGAGCAUUUGGGUAUUCCAGAAACAGAUUACAGUGUAAUCAUUAAAAUGCCAUCCACAGAAUUUCAAAGAAUUUGUAGAGAUCUAAGCCAAAUUGGAGAUUCUAUUUCAAUAGUAUGCACAAAGGAUGGUGUGCGCUUUUCAACUAGUGGUGAUCUUGGAACCGGUAAUGUCAAGUUAUCUCAAACGGCCAACAUUGAUAAAGAAGAAGAGGCUGUAAUUAUUGAUAUGCAAGAAGCUGUAUCUCUAAACUUUGCUCUGCGUUAUUUAAAUUCAUUCACCAAAGCCACUCCUCUGUCUGCACAAGUACAGCUCUCACUUUCACCUGAUGUUCCAUUAGUUGUGGAAUAUAAGAUAGAAGAUUUUGGCUACAUAAGGUACUACCUGGCCCCAAAAAUUGAAGAUGCAGAUGAUUAAAUAUAAACUUUUAAAGCAAUUGCUUGUUCAUAUUCCAUUCUUUUCCACCACAUCUAGAAUGCCAUUGUGUAUAUUUUAAGAACAAAGUUACGAAUUUUAUUGGCAUGUAUUAAUAGCUGUUUUAAAUGAUUUUUUUUUAAAUAAAUAAAUAUUUCAAUUUCGUUUA